AUGGAUCUGAAGGCCGGCGGCGGCGGCGACGAGGAGGACUGCGUGGACUCGGGCGCCGAGACCGGAGGGUCUGACUACAGCCACCUGUCCUCCACCAGCAGUGAGCUCUCCGUGGAGGAGGCGCAGGACCCUUUCCUGGUCAGCGUCCACAUCAUUGCGGAUCCUGGGGAGUCCCAGCCCCUGCAGGAAGCCAUCGACAAGGUCCUGGCGUGGGUGCACCCGGGCCUGCCACUGUUCCGCGUGUCGGAGCGAGGUGCGUGCAGGAGGCGGCGCAGAGCGUCCCGGGGCGCGCAGCCUGCGCUUGCGGUGGUGCUCUUCCUGCAGGAGGAGUAUGGCGAGGAGCAGAUCCUACAGCUGCACCGCACGCUGCAGCGGCCGCCCUGGCGCCACCACCACACGGAGCGGGUGCAGGGCCGGCUCCUGCCGUACCUGCCGGGUAGCCAGGACUUCUUUGCCCUGGCUCCCGGGACGCCGCUGUGGGCCGUGCGGCCCGUGCACUACGGCCAUGAGAUCAUCCGCUUCACGGUGUACUGCAGCCACAGCAACUACGCCGACAGCCUGCGCUUCUACCAGCUGAUCCUGCGGCGCAGCCCCAGCCAGAGCAAGGCAGACUUCUGCAUCUUCCCCAUCUUCUCCAGUCUGGACGUGGACAUCCAGUUCUCCCUGAAAAGACUGCCCUGUGACCAGAGCCCAGUCCCUGCCGACUCCUCAGUGCUGGAGUUCCGCGUGAAGGACAUUGGUGAGCUCGUGCCUCUCCUGCCCAACCCCUGCAGCCCCAUCAGCGAGGGGCGCUGGCAGACGGAGGACCAUGACGGGAACAAGAUUCUUCUGCAGGCACAAAGGGUGCACAAGAAGGUCCCCAGGCCUGGCCGAGCACACCACUGCUCCGGGAAGAGACCUCAUUCCAUCCCUUCGCCCUGUGCCAUCACAGCAAGCCUUAUGCCUGGCAGCAGCCACCAGCCCUCACUCAACAAUCCACACCUGGGGCCCAGCUGGACAGGGCUGCCUCCUGGGCACCAGCAGGGACUUGCUGAACAAGCCAACAGUAUCCCCAGCCCUCCCUGGUGUUUCCAAAGAAGCAAGUCCUUGUUUUGUUUGCCUACAGGAGGCCCCUCCCCAACCUCCUCAGAGGAACCACAGUGGUUUUCAAACACAAGCGCUUCAGGGCACAGGGCAUCAGAACGGAGGCACAUCCACCUCCUCUCCAUUGAUGACCUAGAGGGGGCUCAGGAGACGGAUGUGGACACUGGCCUGCGGCUGUCCUCCUCAGACCUGUCUGUGGUGUCUGCAUACUCCGCUCCCAGCAGGUUCUGCAGCAUGGCAGAAACACCCCUCCCCUCUGAGGGAUGCAGCAGCCAUUGGUCAACACACAAGGAUUCUAGAGAAGGACUACUGUCCACUGUCAGCAGGGGGGCCACAGCGGUCCCCUGGGCUCCCCUCCCUUUCUUUACCAAAGGGUCUUCUUGCACCUCAAUGACAGCUGGUGCUUUUCCCCUGUCUCCCAGUGCCUCCCCCUGCACAGACUCCUCCCCACAGCUCCCUUCUGACUCUCCCAGAGGGGGGCGGACUGGCAGAGAUGGGCCACCACCCCCAGGGCCUGCCGGUCCUGCAGAUAAUGACAUGGAGGAAUUCUACAUCUGA